AUGAAAAAAGGAUUUUUUAAAAUUACCUUUUUUAAAGUUAUUCUUCUACUUUCUUUAUAUUAUUCAGAGGGAUUGAAAUUAAAUGAUGUUAAUAUAAAUAACGACCUUUUUGAUAAUCAAUUAAUAAGAUAUAAAAGAGCCAGUUCAGGAAAUUCAUCAACUCAGAAAACAGAAACUUCAUCAACCGAUUCAAGUUUAACAACUGCCAACAUCACAACAGUUUCUGAAAUUUCAACAAAUACUACUAACACAACAGUUUCUGAAAGCACAUCAAUUGCUAUAACUAUAACAAGUUCUGAAAACACAACACACUCUGAAACAACAUCAGCUGAUAUAACCACAACAAGUUCUGAAACCUCAACACAUUCUGAAACCACGACAAUAACUAAUACAAGUGAAGCAACUUUGACUCCAGUUAAUACUACUACAAGUUCACUAACUACUAAAAAACCUGGUUUAUUCCAAACAUUACUUGGUAAUUUUGGUGGAAUGAUUGGAGCUAUAUUUGAUAGUUUUUUAAUUACAAAUUCAACAAGAAAUAUGACUGAUAUAGUCAAUAAUUCAACUAUAGAAGUUCCAACUACACAAGCAUCAACAUCUACCGACUUAACUACAUCAAAUGUGGUCACUACAACCAGUUCCAAAUGA